AUGGCAGUGUAUAGAAUUGCAAUUGGAUCACCAAGGGAGGCUAGCAGUCCAGCCGCCAUUAGAGCAGCAUUUGCUGAGUUCUUUUCAAUGCUCAUUUUUGUUUUUGCUGGCCAAGGCUCUGGCAUGGCUUAUGGCAAGCUUACAAUGGGUGGACCCGCAACACCUUCAGGUCUCAUAAUUGCGUCACUAUCCCAUGCAUUUGCGCUAAUGGUGGCGGUUUCUGUUGGUGCAAACAUUUCAGGUGGCCAUGUCAACCCUGCUGUCACAUUCGGUGCCUUCGUUGGAGGAAACAUAACCUUCUUGAGAAGCAUUCUUUAUUGGGUUGCACAGUUGCUUGGUUCUGUUGUUGCUUGCAUUCUUCUCAAUUUUGCCACCGGUGGCAUGGAAAUAUCAGCUUUCUCUCUAUCUGAUGGGGUGUCAGUGUGGAAUGCAUUAAUCUUUGAGAUAGUGAUGACUUUUGGAUUGGUAUAUACAGUUUAUGCAACGGCAGUGGAUCCAAAGAAGGGUAAUGUGGGAAUUAUAGCCCCAGUAGCAAUUGGGCUGAUUGUGGGUGCAAACAUCUUGGUUGGUGGUGUGUUUGAUGGUGCAUCAAUGAACCCAGCAGUGUCAUUUGGGCCAGCUUUCGUUAGCUGGACAUGGACCAACCAUUGGGUCUAUUGGGCCGGCCCAUUCAUUGGUUCAGCAACUGCUGCCAUUCUCUAUGAUAAUAUAUUCAUUGGUGAUGAUGGUCAUCAACCCCUUUCUAAUAGUGACUUCUAA